AUAUUCAUGGUAACCAUUCGAGCCGAUGAAAUUAGUAAUAUUAUCCGUGAACGUAUUGAACAAUAUAAUAGAGAAGUAAAGAUUUUAAAUACCGGUACCGUACUUCAAGUAGGCGAUGGCAUUGCUCGUAUUUAUGGUCUUGAUGAAGUAAUGGCAGGUGAAUUAGUAGAAUUUGAAGAGGGUACCAUAGGCAUUGCUCUGAAUUUGGAAUCAAAUAAUGUCGGUGUUGUAUUAAUGGGUGACGGUUUGCUGAUACAAGAAGGGAGUUCUGUAAAAGCAACAGGACGAAUUGCUCAGAUACCGGUAAGUGAGGCUUUUUUGGGUCGUGUUAUAAAUGCCCUGGCUAAACCUAUUGAUGGUCGAGGUGAAAUUUCAGCUUCUGAAUCUCGUUUAAUUGAAUCUCCUGCUCCGGGUAUUAUUUCGAGACGUUCCGUAUAUGAGCCUCUUCAAACAGGACUUAUUGCUAUUGAUUCUAUGAUACCUAUAGGACGUGGUCAGCGAGAAUUAAUUAUUGGGGACAGACAGACUGGGAAAACAGCAGUAGCUACAGAUACGAUUCUCAAUCAACAAGGGCAAAAUGUAAUAUGUGUUUAUGUAGCUAUUGGUCAAAAAGCAUCUUCUGUGGCUCAGGUGGUGACUGCUUUACAGGAAAGGGGAGCUAUGGAAUACACUAUUGUGGUAGCUGAAACGGCGGAUUCUCCGGCCACAUUACAAUACCUCGCUCCUUACACAGGAGCAGCUCUUGCUGAAUAUUUUAUGUACCGUGAACAACACACUUCAAUCAUUUAUGACGAUCCCUCCAAACAAGCACAGGCUUAUCGCCAAAUGUCUCUUUUAUUACGAAGACCACCGGGCCGCGAAGCUUAUCCCGGAGAUGUUUUUUAUUUGCAUUCACGCCUUUUGGAAAGAGCUGCUAAAUCAAGUUCUAGUUUAGGCGAAGGAAGUAUGACUGCUUUACCAAUAGUUGAGACCCAAUCGGGAGAUGUUUCAGCUUAUAUUCCUACUAAUGUAAUUUCGAUUACAGAUGGACAAAUAUUCUUAUCCGCUGAUCUGUUCAAUUCUGGAAUCCGCCCUGCUAUUAAUGUAGGCAUUUCGGUUUCCAGAGUAGGAUCCGCGGCUCAAAUUAAAGCCAUGAAACAGGUAGCCGGCAAAUUAAAAUUAGAAUUGGCACAAUUCGCAGAAUUAGAAGCCUUUGCACAAUUUGCCUCUGAUCUCGAUAAAGCUACUCAGAAUCAAUUGGCAAGAGGUCAACGAUUACGUGAAUUACUCAAACAAUCUCAAUCGGCCCCCCUUGCGGUGGAAGAACAGAUAAUCACUAUUUAUACCGGAACGAACGGUUAUCUUGAUUCAUUAGACAUUGGACAGGUAAGGAAAUUUCUGCUUGAGUUACGGAAUUAUUUAAAAACGAAUAAACCUCAAUUCCAAGAAAUCAUAUCUUCUACCAAGACAUUUACUGAAGAAGCAGAAGCCCUUUUGAAACAAGCUAUUCAAGAACAGAUGGAGCGUUUUCUCCUUCAAGAACAAGUCUAAAUAAAUUGAUCUUUUUAAAUCCGUAAAUCUGUAUAUAUUAAGUAAGAAGUGUAUAUAAGAAGCGGAUCUUUUAUUUAAGCCAUUCAAAACAUCUUUCUUGAUAUAGAAAUAUCAAAUAGAAAAUACAUAUGGAAAUAAAUUGCGUCCAAUAGGAUUUGAACCUAUACUAAAGGUUUAGAAGACCUCUGUCCUAUCCAUUAGACAAUGGACGCUUUUCAUUUCAAUUUUCUUUUUUAUUUUUAAUAUUCGUAAAAAACGAAUAUAGGACAGGGCCGGGAGUUGGGUAUUCAAUUUGCAUUUUAAUAAUGCAAAUGAAUUACAUUAAUUAUAUUCGAAUUAUUAAAUAAGAUUAUUUUCUAAAUUUUCGAAUAAUAGUAUUUAUUAUACUUUAAUUAUACUUUAAUUUGAAAAUUUUUAUUCAAAUGAAAAAAUUCAAUAUUAUUUCAAUUGAAUUUGUAUUUAAUAUUUAGUUUUAAAAUAGAAAGAAUUUUCUAAUAUAAAAAUAGAGAGAUUGUUAGGAAUAUUGAAUAGAGAUAAGAAAUCAAGUAAGCACAAGCGGGUAGCGGGAAUCGAACCCGCAUCGUUAGCUUGGAAGGCUAGGGGUUAUAGUCGACGUUGAUUCAUCAGUUUUACUUUAACGUCUCUAAUUCAAAACCGAACGUGAAACUUUGAUUUCAUUCGGCUCCUUUAUGGAAUAUGGAUAAAUUUCCGAAUGUAAGAUAUGAAUGAAAUUAAAAAAAUUCAACCUAUAACAUCUAUGUCAGCUUUUCUGUAUGAAUGCAUUCAAAACGACCUGCUUUCUAGACGAUCCUUAUAGAAAAGAAGGGGAUUCUAACACUUUUUCUAGUUACUUCGUUCUCUAUUUCUAUUUUAAAGAAUCCUUAGGAAAAGCGUUUUGUUUCUACCGAGCUAAAAAAUUAGUCGAUGUCUCUAGUAAACCAAAGUCAUUGUUUAAUAGCUAUUUUGCUUCAAUUUUCCCUAUAACAAAAAAAAAAUGGAAGAUUUAGUUACGGUUAGAAAUAAACUUUCUAUCUUUAUCCAUGGAUUCCUUACUCAUACUCAUUCAAUUGGAAGUAUUGAUCCAAUUUUUUAAAAUAAUGUUUCGUAAUUCCACAAUCCAAUUUUUCAAUUUGUAAUUGACUCUUGGAUACAAAUCACGAGAAUGUAUAUUUUUCCUCGAAUUUUUCAUUGAGAGGAAAAGGGUUAAAUCCUUUUUACGAGAUAAAGUUUUUGAUCGGAAUGGAAUAUUCAUCAAACCGAGGGACCCCUUAACUAUAUAAGGGGUUAAUAGAACGAAUCACGCUUUUACCACUAAACUAUACC